UUGUUGUUGCUAUUGCGUGAUUGAUGAACAUUUAUGCUUUCAGUCCUGCCUCGAACCUCGCCGACUUUGGUGCGGUUUCGCCGAAACUGCAUCUCAUUAAAAGAGCUGAUGCUAUUUCUUACCUGUUUCCAUCUUUUGAUUGUUUUAAGUUUUCUUGGGGUAUUUUUCUUGCACCCCAAGAAGGUUCCCCUGGUUUGGUUGUUGGCGUGGGAGGUCAAAUUUUCCACGCCGGUCCUGUUUAGGCAAUUAAAGAAGAAGAUACUUUUCAGACUUGUAAUUCUAUUUUGCAUGGUUUGACCUUCAAGCUCUUUCCUUUUUGGAACCUUCAAGUCUCUAUGUAGACUCGAAUCAUUUCGGUGGUAACUCAAUAUUUAAGGCGAGUCUAGACUUUGAAAGUAUCAAGCUAUCUAUCUCUCCUCAUAAAACACGAAAGCCUCCGCCCACUUUGAUAGGUUUUAGAGGGAAGCGUUUUGGGUGUGUCGAGGUCAUCAUAAAGAUGGAUCCUUUUGGAAAGCAUGGCUCCUGUUGGUUAGUGGACUAAUAGACAAGCAGCAGGACAGGCCGGCUUUUUAUUGUGAUUUUUUUGUCAGAAUCGGAUUGAACUGAAGAUUGCAGAUUUCACAUUUGUUGCAACGGGUGCUGACGAUCUGGAUCAGAUGGACCUCAAAUCUAAUCAUGCUUCUCCUGUUCUAACUGAAACCUCUCCAAUUAAUAAGUCAAGACGAGGCCUGCGCGCCAAUUUGCUGCCAUGCUCAGCCCCAUCUGCAGCUGUCUCACCUCUGUAUCUAACAAUACCAAGGAAAAAGAAUGGGAUUCUUGACGAUGUUCGUUCUGCCGCAUGGGUGGAUGCUAUGAAAUCAUCAUCUCCUCCCCCCAAGAUGAUAACCAAGGACAUCACUAAUGACGUUGAAGCUGCUGAAGCAGAUGUUGCUGACCAAAUUUGGAUGCAAAAGUAUCCAUCAGCUCUGUUGUUCUUUGAGAAAUUCGCGAAUUCUGCGAAGGGCAAGCGGAUUGUUUUGUUCCUAGACUAUGAUGGGACCCUUUCUCCCAUCGUUGAGAACCCUGACUGCGCAUUCAUGUCUGAAUCUAUGCGAGCAGCUGUUGAAGAGGCAGCAAAAUGCUUCCCCACAGCAAUAAUUAGUGGAAGAAGUCGUGAUAAGGUAUUUGAAUUUGUCGGACUGACUGAACUCUAUUACGCGGGUAGCCAUGGCAUGGACAUUAUGGGCCCUGUUGGAUCUUCUUCAGAUGACCACCCGAACUCUAUAAGAUCCACGGACAAGCAGGGAAAGGAAGUCAACCUAUUCCAGCCAGCUAGUGGAUUUCUAACCACGAUUGGAAAGGUUUGUGCAUCUCUUGUUGAAGCUACAGAAGAAAUUGAGGGCGUGACAGUGGAGAACAAUAAGUUCUGUGUAUCUGUACAUUACCGCAAUGUUGAUCAUAAGGAUUGGAAAGAGGUCGCAGCACGUGUUAAUGGUAUUCUAAAGGAGUAUCCUCAUUUGCGACUAACUCAUGGGCGGAAGGUUUUAGAGGUCCGGCCGGUGAUCGAUUGGGACAAGGGGAAAGCUGUUAUGUUCUUGCUUGAAUCGCUCGGACUUAGUAAAUGUGAAGACGUGCUCCCAAUAUACAUUGGAGAUGAUCGGACAGAUGAAGAUGCCUUUAAGGUGUUGAGAGAGGGAAAUCGAGGUUACGGCAUUUUGGUCUCAUCAGUUCCCAAAGAAAGUAGCGCCGAUUACUCUCUUAGGGACCCCUCAGAGGUGAUGGAGUUCCUUAACUCGCUAGUACUGUGGAAAGAGUCAAGCACAUUGUAAUAUACGAUCGAAAGGAAAACGAUACUACUACACAUACUACUAGCAAAGUUAUAUAGAAAGUCCAUUAGGAGACGCGCAUCAAGAGGUUCUGGAGCAUCUUCGGACAGAAGACCUCGAGCUGGCAAUACAUAUGACGCCUUGGACUAUUUCUUCGCACGAAGCUGCUUUCUGUGAACUGUAAAUUCCCACCCCCUUAGCUUCAACUGUUGGCAUUGCUCUAAUGUCCCAGUGUAUCUUCCAUAUGUUUCUCUCGAUUUCGCUUCGCUUCUCGUCCAGCUGAGCUCCUUACAGCGGGAGAACAAUAUAGCCCUGACGAUUUGUUCAUUCUUUCACAUAUAGAAUUGAAAUCAAAGUGUUCAUGAGGCCACUAAUCUAUGUAAGGAAGGAUCACUGCCUUGUCCAAAUUGUCUGAUAUUUGCGCAAAAAAGUGGUUUAUGAUCGAAUGAAAUUUAUCUCAAUGCGGGUCUGAUC